AUGGCGAGUGUGGAGACAGCCGCCGAGCACGAGCGAAUUCUCCGCGAAAUAGAGAGCACGGACACCAACUGUAUAGGGCCGACGCUGCGGUCUGUGUACGAUGGCCAGGAACACGGCCUGUUCAUGGCCAAGCUGGAUGCUCGGAUUAGGAAUCACGAUCGCGAGAUAGAGAAGAUGUGCAACCACCACUUCCAGGGCUUUGUUGACUCCAUCACGGAGCUGUUGAAAGUGCGUGGUGAAGCGCAGAAGCUUAAGAGUCAGGUGACUGAGACCAACCGUUCCAUUCAGGGCGAAGGCAAAGAUCUCAUGAGCUCCAUGGAGGAGCUGAGACAGUGUCGAGUUCAACAGAGGAACAUUGCGACCACCGUCGACAAACUGACCCACUGCCUGCCAGUCUUGGAGAUGUACAGACGCCUUCAGGAGCAAAUGGAUGCCAAAAGGUACUAUCCGGCCCUGCGUACAUCGGAACAGCUGGAGCAGACGUGUCUUCCCAGAGCGGGCCAGUACCGGUUCUGCGCCAUCAUGGCGGAAAACCUGCCCAAGUUGCGAACGCAGAUCCGCGACACGGCCAUGACCCAGCUUAAGGACUUCCUGGAGAGCAUCCGAAAACACUCGGACAAGAUCGGAGAGACGGCUAUCAGGCAGGCGCAGCUGCAGCGCUCCCUGGACAGCUCCAUCUCCUCGCAGCCCAGGGCUCUUUUUGGCCGACGCCCCAGGAGAGAGGAGGCACCCGGCGGGGUCACGCAGAGCAACGGCGGGCUAGAAGUGCACCCUGGCAUCUUGGAUGUGGGGGAUGAAGAAGAGGCUGACCAAGUGACCGGUGCCCAGGACUUGGUGGACUUCUCACCAGUGUACCGCUGUCUACAUAUCUACACUGUGCUGGGUUUGCGUGAUGUGUUUGAGAACUACUACCGAAAGCAACGGAGGAAACAGGCUCGCCUCGUGCUGCAGCCACACUCUAACAUGCACGAAACUCUAGAAGGCUACAGGCGAUACUUUAAUCAGAUCGUCGGGUUUUUUGUAGUGGAGGACCAUGUGCUCCACACCACGCAGGGUUUGGUCAACAGAGCCUACGUGGAGGAGCUUUGGGAGUUGGCGCUGUCCAAAAUUGUGGCUGCUUUGAGGACGCACUCUUCCUACUGUGACGACCCGGACCUGGUGCUGGAUCUCAAGAACCUCAUUGUCCUCUUCGCUGACACGCUUCAGGGCUACGGUUUCCCGGUGUCGCAGCUCUUCGACAUGCUCCUGGAGAUGAGGGAGCAAUAUGGCGAGAUCCUCCUCAAGAAAUGGAACCUCACCUUCAGGCAGGUGUUGGACCAGGACAACUUCAGUCCUAUCCCGGUGUCCACGGAGCAGGAGUACAGACACUACAUGUCCCAGUUUCCCCUGCAAGACCCCGAGUUGGAGAAGCUUCCCUUCCCCAAGAAGCUUCCCUUCUCUGAGUUUGUGCCAAAAGUCUACUGCCAGCUCAAAGAGUUCAUCUACGCUUGUCUCAAGUACUCUGAAGACCUGCAUCUCAGCUCUACAGAGGUUGAUGACAUGAUCCGCAAAUCCACCAAUCUGCUGCUGACCCGAACACUGAGCCACUGCCUGCACUAUGCUAUUAAGAAGAAGAAUGUCGGGCUGGCUGAGUUGGUUCAAGUGAUCAUCAACACUACUCACUUGGAGCAAAGCUGCCACUUUCUGGAAGAGUUUAUCUCCAACAUCACUAACGUUCCGCCUGACACGGCCAACGCCACCAAGCUGUACGGGACGUCAACGUUCAAGGAUGCCCGUCACGCGGCCGAAGCGGAGAUCUACACGGGCCUCAAUGCCAAAAUCGACCAGUUUCUGCAGCUGGCAGAUUACGACUGGAUGGUAAGCCUGCCUAGUGGUACCUCGCCAACGCCUAGCGACUACCUGCUGGAUCUGAUGGCCUUCCUGAAAAGCACCUUCAGUGUCUUCACCAACUUGCCUGGCAAAGUGGCGCAGACGGCCUGCAUGUCGGCGUGCAAGCACGUCUCUACGUCGCUGCUGCAGCUGCUGCUCGACCCCGAGGUCAAACAAAUCUCCAUGGGGGCUCUGCACCAGCUCAACGCCGAUGUCGACGAAUGCGAAGGUUUUGCCAGAGCCGGCCCGGUCGCAGGCUUCCAGGGUGACACGUUGCUUCUGGCCUUCAGUGACUUGAGACAACUGUUGGAGCUCUUCACGCAGUGGGACUGGUCCACCUACCUGGCCGACUACGGCAAAGCCAGCUGCAAGUAUCUGCGCGUCAACCCGCACGCCGCGCUCGCCCUGCUGGAGAAGUUGUCGAAACCGUUGCGGGAGAGCAGCAGGAAGAACGUGGUCUUCGUGCAGUUCCGCAAGACGGAGCGCGACAGGCAGAAGCUGAUCGACGCCGUGGUCAAGCAGCUGCGCAACCUCAUCGCGCAGCACCACGCCUGA